GCUCCCCUCUUUCCCUCGCCUGCUGACACGCCUCGCCGCUCGCCGCCGCUCGAGCUCGGUUUGCUUUCCGGCGCCCGGCGUCCAUGGCGGCGGCGGAGGGCGCCGGAGAAGAGCCGCCUGGAUUAGCCAGGCAGAGGCGCCCAAGAUUCCGGCGAUCUGUGGCCACCGGAGACAUGGACGGCGCCGGCGGCGGCGGGGAGCGGGGGCCUCCCCACGAGUACGUCCUCGCGCUCCCUGUCAUGGCGUCGCUCGCCGUCGUGGCUUGCCACCUCGGCGUCUCCGUCCCCCGCAAGCCGCGGAGCUGCCUCCCCCGCGCCGUGCCCAUGGGGUGGUGGUCGUUCAGGCUCCCCGUCCUCCCCCCGCCGCCGCCGCCGCUGCAUGCGGUCAAGAAGGAGAAGGAGGAGGAGGAGGAGGAGGCGAGGGGGACGCGGUGCCCGCCGCGCGUGGUCGUGGCCCUGCUUCUCGAUCCCGCCGCCGCCGCCGCCACGGGCAAGAGGCCGCCGAAGAGGGCGAGGAGGUGCCUGAACUGCGACGCGAUGGAGACGCCGCAGUGGAGGUCGGGGCCGAUGGGGAAGAGCACCCUCUGCAACGCGUGCGGCGUCCGGCUCAGGGCGGUGGGCACGCUGCUGGACCGCCGGCCGGCGGCGAGGACGAUGGCCGAGCCUCUCCCGAGGCCGGAGAGCCCCGAGUCGCCGCCGGACGGCCCGAUCUGGGAGCCCAGCCACAGGCCGUCGCCGUCGCCCGACAUCUACCUGGUCAGGAAGACGCCGAAGCCGGUAAGGCCGCCUCCCAAUAAGAACCACCAGCCUUCGCCUUCGCCAUCACCGGCGCCGGCGGCGAAGGCGAAGGCGAAGAAGCCGAAGCAGAAGAAGAAAAAGAAGAGGAGCUGCGUGCACUGCGGCUCGACGGAGACGCCGCAGUGGAGGGAGGGGCCGACUGGGCGUGGCACGCUGUGCAACGCGUGCGGCGUGCGGUACCGGCAGGGGAGGCUGCUGCCGGAGUACCGCCCCAAGGGGAGCCCCACCUUCUCGCCGUCGGAGCACGCCGCCAACCACCGCCGGGUGCUCCAGCUUCACCGCCAGCAUCGCCAGAACAGCAGCUUCCCUCCUCCUCCGCCGCCGGCGCCGCCGCCCAAGACGGUCGACGAGCACCAACCGGUCGCUCCGUCGCAGGAACAGCCGGCUGACAUACCGCCACCGCAGGAAGAGCUGGUAGACGUGCCGGCCGCCGCCAACGCCGGUGGCGGCAUCGGCGAGGCGACGAGCGCGCUGGACGCGCUGCUGUUGGACGGGCCGUCGGCGCCGCUCAUCGUGGACGGCGACGACGAUUUCUUGGUUAGUUAGGUAGCCCAAAGAGGAAUAAUUUCAGCUGAGAUGAGAAGAAAAAAAAUACUAGUUUUUUCGUUUGAUUUUUCGGCAAACAGUUUUACCAUCUUUCAUUGUGAAUACUCUCGUCUUGGAAAAUCGAUCUUUGCGUGAAAAUCUCGCUAAAUCUCUCACCGAACUUAACGAUUUUUUAAAAAAAUUCUUGUGCUGAUGAAAUUGAUUCUAAGGAUUAAUAGGUUUUUCUGGGUGUGCCAAAUUUUGCUGCACUUGCCAUAUUUUUACUUUAGCUCAACUCAGUAGUAGAUUAUUGGUAACAUUUCCAGUUAUUGGCGUGGAGAUUUUACAACCACAAAAAGAAUUCAGGUCGAUCUAGGUUGAUGUAUAUGUAAAAAAAGACUACAGAUUCAGAGAUGAUUUUAGAUUUGGAGUGUGUCAAGAUAAUUAAAACUAGCAUGGAACCUCCACAUGUGCUUUUGUGAUAAAUAUAUAGAUUUCCGAUACUAUAGUUUACAUAUAUAUGUUUCGUCGUAAAUUCGAUGCCAUCAGUCCAUGUAUAGAUUUGCAAUAGUAUGGCUUAAAUCUGCA